UUCUUUUAAGCAGCCUUCCCUACUUAGUACUACCAUGGCUAAAAAGUCAAAAGACGAGGCGCCGAAUCCCAACAACGUGCCCAACAGAGACAUCAUCCAGCGUCUUAACUUCCUGUAUCAAGCUAGUGUGUAUCUCAAUGGCGUCUCACCUCCACAAAAGAGAAAGCAAAAGCGAGUCACCACCAGCGAUCUGUCCCGCAGCUACGUCUCUUCCAUGAAGAUUGUAGGCCAAAAGACGACGGUAAAAAUGGAUCCGUCUAUCAAGCGAACGAUCUGUAAAGGGUGCGAUACCGUUCUCGUCCCAGGAUCUACGGUCUCGAUACGAGUGAAGAAAUCACCGUCUCACGGUCAUCUCAUGGUAUAUACUUGCACCCGCUGUAAGACGUCGCGUCGAAUACCUGCACCACCAGUGGAUGUGGAUGCCUCUACCACAAUGGACUCGCCAAAGCUUCGCAUUCCUCCGCUGUUUGCCAGGAAGGCAGGACAUGUCACAUUUUGCGGGCAAGAACAGGUUCCGACUGACGAGACGUCGCUGGGGAAUGGAGUGUUCAUCGUCUAGGUUGCCAGAAUAUUAUAUAAAUAACGCAUCGAGCGUACUUUUCCACUCCUCACUGCAGCACCUUGUCCCGUUUGGCUACCCAGAG